AUGUUUAAAAAGGGCCGCACACGCUAUAAGGACGGUACGGUAUACGAAGGAACAUACAGGCAAGAGAAGCGUGACGGCACAGGGACGUGCCAUUAUCCCGAUGGCUCAGUCUAUGAGGGUACAUGGGCCAAUGAUGUUCGUGAGGGUAGAGGCAUCUUGACGUAUAAAGACGGGAGCUACUACGAAGGUGAAUGGAAAAGCAACCUUCGCCAUGGCAAAGGGGUUCUGGAUAUCGUGGGUGAGGCACACUAUGAGGGUGCCUUUGAAUGUGGGGAUUACCAUGGCUCUGGAACCCUUAAAACCCCUGCCUUCUACUACGUAGGUGCGUUCACUAAGGGGGUAUUUCAUGGCAGUGGCGAGCUGCAAACCGAAGAGUACACGUACAAAGGAGAGUUUUCGGAUGGACAACAGACAGGACAGGGCAGAAUAGAAUAUAAGGAUGGGACAAUUUACGUAGGAGGCUUUCUGGAUGGCCUAUAUAGCGGUGCAGGAAGGCUUCUACUUCCAGACGGAGGCAUCUAUGAGGCACAGUUCAAUUCUGGCAAGAUAGAGGACAGAGCAGCUCACUACGUGAUAAAGGGAUCCAAUAAGUACCCAUCCAGACACACCAUUAACACUAUUCUGGGGCUGCUAGAACCCGAUAGCGUGUCUGUGUUCAGUGACUACCUCCUUUGCUAUGAAGAUGGUCUCUACACGAGUGUCUGGAACGCUAGAGUGGAGCCGCUUAUGCGCUUUCUCUCUUCAUGUAUCUCUCCUCGAUUAAUAGUAAGCUAUACAGGGUCUAUUAAGGCCGGGGUAUUGGACGGUAGCUGUGAGGUGGAGUACGAUAACCAGUUCACCUUUUCGGGAGAUUAUGUAGCUGGGAUCCCAUCUACUGGGACCGUUGCUUUCAGCUAUACAGGGGACCUAGCUAUUUUGGAAUCAAGUGAAGUCGACCUAAUUCAGUACUUCAAACUUGCGAUCACAUUUUCCAAAUAUUCAAGCAAUGUGUUCCAUGGCGCAUGUAGUAUCUCUAUUGAGUUUAAGGAUAGGGCCAAUAACGCGCUUACAUAUAAGUCUAAGUUUACACUGGAUACUAUGUGCCAGCGACAGGGAGACCUUGACAUAAUCUGCAAUAACCUCUAUUUUAGUGGUACUGCACAGGAUGAUCAGAUAACGGGGGAGGGCACCCUUUCGAUGGGCUUCAAUCCGGCGCUCCGUCCUCAACAUAGCUCUGUCUGUCAAUCUUCAACAGUGGAGGCUUCCGUGAUAGAAUCAUUCCUUCAAACAACAGGUGUUUCUCGCCUUGGAAGAUCUACACUCCCGGGAAAAGGAUUGGCGGUAGUUUACAAGGGGACCUUUGUUCGUGGCCUCCGAUCAGGACGGGGGACACAACAGGCUGGAAAUCUGUAUCAUUUCGUUGGAAAAUUUGAGGAUGAUACGUUCUUAUCUGGCGUCCUCACGGAUUACAUGUGUUUAGACAAAGUAACCAAUGAACACAUAGCCCGCAGAACCAUUGGUUCUUUCAAGCACAAUGUGCCACAAUGCCCUGUCCUAGUUGAGGUGGAUACGUUUCGCUAUCGUGUGUAUUGCAGUGCACCGAAUGCCUUCCCAUCGCUAGUGACGAGUGCGAUGCGGAAGCUCUGCCUUAAGACAUCCCUUUCUGUUUCCAGAGCUGCCAGAGAUACGGUUGAUGAUCCGUCAGACCUCAUGACUGUUAGUCAGCUUCAGCCAAUCAAAAGGGCCAAUCCUUCUAGGUUUUCACCCUCCUAUUUCGUAUCUUUCUUCAACGCUUCGGCAGAUAAUCUUGAAACUGUCGUGGCCAAGAUCUUAGCCGGAGAGGACCUCAAUAGCGAGCAAGCUGUUUUGACAGAUGUGCAAACGUGUAACUUGAAGUCGGUUACCCUAGAUCCUAGCAACUUGACUAGCCUCGUUCCACAGUUCUACGCUGGAACACUGGAGGAUAUGCGCCUGACAGGGACUGGAGCUAUGUUCUAUCAAUUUCCUGACACCAGGCUUGCUGUUUUAGCAACCGGGUCUUUCGCAGAUGGCUACUUAGAUGGAUCGCUUGAGCUAUCCGUUCUUACUCAGGAUAAAGUGGAAUCAGAGUAUGCUACGCUUUCUCAGGCAGAAGCUCCUUAUUUAGUAUGCACUGCAACAAUUACUGGGACCUACAAUAGUUCCAUACUAGACGGAGAGGCCACCAUGGACAUCUCUGUUCACUCGUCUGACACAGGAUCUUCGCAGUUACGUCUCCUCUACUCGGGGACGUACCGUAACGGCAGACGCAGGGGACAAGGAGAGUUUGCUCUGAAAUGCAAUGACAAGCUCUUAGUAGAAUACUCCGGCCAAUUUGACGCCGAUCUUCCCUUGCUAGAAGGCAAAGUAACUGCUCCAGGUCUAGGGGUUGUUUCAGGAGUUGUGACCUCGCCUCAGAAGCCAGACCUGUACAAGCUAUGUAACUACUUCAAUCUCUCUAGGUACUACAGGCUUUUAGAACUACUAGGCUCUAAACAGCUCUUGUCUUGUGUAUGCUCUUUUCAAGGGGAAGUAGAGAUAGCUUUGGAGGCCUCAUUUGUGGAAGAAAACUUUUUCCAAGCACUAGGGAUUGAUUACGAGGAACCAGUUCUAGCGAACUACAAAGGAUAUAUUAGUCCUGAAUUAACGCUCUGUGGAAAAAGCAUUGUUAUAUCAUCGGAACUUUUCAAUUACCAGGGGCCAAUCAGUGAUAAUGUCCUUUCGGGUCACGGAGUUCUGUCUCUUUAUAAAAGAGAUCACAAUGGCCGACCAACACUGCAGGAGCGGUACGAGGGGAUUUUUGUGCAGUCUCGCCGUGAUGGCCCAGAAUCCCGCCAAGAACUUCCCAGUGAAGGAGAAGAAUAUGUGGGAGCAUUUUACAAUAAUGUUAGACAUGGCCCCGGGCGGUUGCUGUUGACCACGACGGGAGACAUCUACGAAGGGAAUUUCGUUGAAGGGCGUCUGGAGGGUGCAGGCAAGAUCACCUAUGGAAACAAUGGUAGGAUGGGUGAUGCUAGCUAUGUAGGAGAAUUUGCAAAUGGGCUUCCCCAUGGAGAUGGAACACUCUCAUUCGGUGAUGGCUCAUGGUACAAGGGUCAGUUUAUCGCAGGAAAGCAAACGGGUGUGGGCACAUAUUAUAGCAGCGCAGAAGACACUCUAACAGAAGGUGAGUUUGAGGAUGGAAAGGCACAAGAGCACUGCACGGUGAUAUUUAAAUAUUCAGACCCGCAAAACAGGCGGGUAGUUAAAGGGAUACAGCAAGCUCAGGCUGGUGCAUGUACAGUAUACACUGUUUCAGAUAAUACCUACCAUUAUAGAGGCCCUUUAAAGGACGGCCUCUUCCACGGAGAAGGCCUCCUAGAAUAUUCUAAUGGAAUCAGCUACAAAGGGAGAUUUUCUAGAGGGAAGUUUUCUGGGCUUGGGAAGCUGACAAACCCUAUGUAUAACUAUGUGCUGACAGCUAGCUUUUAUGAGGGAGACAUCUCCCACGGGGGGUACAAUCUUUUGAUCUACGCUCAUAGCGAGACAAGGCCUUAUGGCCCACACAGUCACAUAAGAACAUACGCCGGCCCAAUGAGGUUUGCAUCCUCGAAAGAUCAUGGUCCAGAGAGUGCGGAGCCUAGCUAUUGUCUGACUCUUGGGUGUAGUGAGGAUCCCUAUGAGUUUACACUUACAUCGUCUAACAUUGCAGUCGUGCAUUAUGUCAACGGAGACAUAUAUCGUGGAGGCUUCUACGCAGAUAGACGACACGGGGCCGGGAAGGCAUUUUCAGCAGGAUCCGGGUUGCUAGUCAUUGGGGCUUUCAGGAACGACAACCUGUGCGGUGAUCAGACUAUUCUGAGUUCCCAGGGAGAGAUUGAAACAGGAAGAUACGUCAAAGGAGUCCCAUCCGGAAAGCUUGUCAAAUUCAUCAACGGCACAUCUAACCGGUUUCGGGUGUUAGAGCGACGCGACAAGGACGGUAAAAGUGAUGAUGGUGUGCUAGAAAAAACCAUACAACCUCUCCAGCCAAUAAUAAUGGAAAACACAUAUGAGAAUGGUAACGAGAAAGAUACUGUGGAGAUUGUGUUCAAAAGCUCCGAUAUUAGAUAUAUAGGAGAAUAUGUCUACGGAGUGUUCUAUGGAGCCGGAAAGGCGUUUCUUUCAUCAACUACCACGUUUCUUACAAUCCAUUGGCAGCUUAAGAGAUUACCAGAGCAGUUUAAGAAGCACUACUCUACGCUGUGCUCUGCCAGGAUAGAGCUGCUCAACAAAGGACACACAGACCCGUCCGAGAACUUAUGUGCUCAAUACAAUUUGGCCCUAGACGAGGUAGACGCCGAUGCUUCUGCCCUGACAAACCCCAGCAUAACCCCUUCUGCCCACAAGUGCAGGAUGGUAUAUCCAAACUCAGACUACUAUGAGGGCGACGUACUUGAUUGCAUGAGGCAUGGGAGUGGUGCAUUCUACCUGUCUACUGGAGCGCUAAAGUACAAAGGCGAGUAUAAAGAGGAUAAGCGCUGUGGAAGUGGCACUCUAAUAUACAAAGAAGAGAAGAUUUAUGUAGGUGAGUUUCUUAACGACCUUCGGCAUGGACACGGCACGAUGAAUUAUCCUAACGGCAGUACAUACACUGGACCGUACAAGGAAGAUCUUCGUAGCGGACUCGGUAAAAUGACCUUUCCAGAUGGCAGUGUCUACGAGGGAAUGUGGAGAGAAAACGAAAUGUGGGGUGCAGGAACUUUGGUCUACAGAGACGGCGACAGAUAUGAGGGGGAGUUUGCUAACAACAUGAAGCACGGCCAGGGCAUCAUGCGCCUUAUCAACGGAGAUGUCCUGGAGGGAACGUUCGCCCAUGACGUUAUGGAAGGAAGCGACUGCAAGAUAACAUACAGUAAUGGAGACUACUACGAAGGAAACGUUGCUGCUGGGAUGCCGCACGGUGAAGGAGUGCGUCGGCAGAAGAGUGGAGACGUGUAUACAGGAGAGUUUAGCUAUGGUAAGUACCACGGAAAGGGAACUCUGAGGUAUGCAAAUGGAGAUGUUUAUGUGGGGCACUUUCUGGCAAAUAAGAUAUGCGGUAAGGGUGUCAUGACAUAUGCAAAUGGCACAGUCUUCGAAGGGGAAUGGGUAGGAUAA